AUGAUUUUACGACAGUGCCGCAAAACCCCCAGUGUGAAUGACGUGUUGCGAGAAACAUUUCAUAACAUAAGUGACGCAAAAAACACUGACGCUACGAUAAACCAAAAUAUAUAAAUAAUAUGUAAUAUAAUUAUAUCACAGUUAUACAAUGGUAUAAUGGUACAAUGGUAUAACUGUAUAAAGUGGUUUAGUUUAAAGAUUAAGAAAUUUAAACGUCAACAAGCGCCGUGGCACCGUUGUCAUAGCAACGGUGUCAUAGCAACGUACACAAAACCCACUUUCAGUUCUUUUCAUAUCCAAAGCAACUUUAGGAAGUCUUGUAAUAAAGAUUAAAAAGUGUGCGUUUAUUUUCUGAAGACGUUUUAUACAGAGAAAGCGAGCUAAUCUCCGCUAAUCAGGGCCUCGGGAGGUUCCGCAGCGCCUCCUGCUGGUCACACUGCACCAGCGGCACCUGGUCCGCGAAACAAAAUGGCCGCCGCGAGCAGGAAGAGGCUUGUGUGUCCGGAAGCUCAGCGCAUCAUCAGCGUGCUGGACGAGUGCGUGCGUAAGAUAGACGUGUUGUCGCUUCUGCCGUGUGAGCUGGUGCGUCCUGAGCGCGUCUCUCAGGAGCUCGGAGACGCGGCGGUGGAGUCGCUCAGAGAACACCUGCGGCUGUCCGAGGAGUAUCGCUCGCUGCAGAACACGGACACGAGGAGAGACGAGGCGAUCACACGAGCCCUGCAGGACUCGCUGAGGAACUUCCUGCGCCAUGUGAGGCCUCACAAAGAGGCGGAGUCGGUGAAGGCAGCGCUCCAAGGGGCGGGGCCAAUCAUCGAGGAGGACCAGAAGGCUGUGCAGGAACUGGGGGCGGGGCUACGGGAGCUCAGAGACGUGCUAAUGGAGCGGCUGAUGACCACGCCCCGAGAGGAACGGGAACGCAGGAGACACGGCCAGGAAGUGAGACAGAGACAACAACGUAACGCAGAGUUCCUUCACACGCUGGAGCAGGAAGUGAACGCGGCGAAAAACCACCGAGACAAAGUGAUCAGUAAGAAGGAUGGAGAGAUCCGGUGUAUGAAAGAUUCCCUCUGUCAGAUGGAGAGAGUGUGGGAGGAGUUUUUGCAGCAGGCGCAGAAAAAGGCGGAGCAGCAGCACCAAUCAGAUCAGAAGAACUCGGAGAUGAAACUCCUCCGCCUCCAGGAAGAAGCCAAUCAGCUGCGAGCUCAGCUCGACCACCUCACCACGCAGCACAGAGAGAGAGAGGCGACGCUGCGCAAGAAGAACGACAAGGUGGAGACUGAGAUUGAAAACUGGAUUCAGAAGUACGAUAUGGAAAUGGAAGAGAAACAGGAGAAGCUGGAGCGUCUGAUGCAGACGUACGAGGAGGAGCGGGCGGAGCUGCUCCAGCUGCAGGAACACUACGCCGUGUUGGAGCUCGAGCACUCGCAGAUCAUGGAGGAGAGACGGAGAGAGCGCGAGCGACGAGAGGAGGAGGAAAGAGAGAGAGAGGCGAAGAGUCGAGCCGCCGUCGUCAUCCAGGCGUUCUGGAGAGGAUGGAGAGUCCGCAAGGCCAUGAAGAACAGAACCAAGGGCAAGAAGGGCAAGAAGGGCAAGAAGGGCAAAGGGAAGAAGGGCAAGUGAAGAAGAAGACGACGCACAGAGAUUUUAAAUAUUUAUUACACCACAGCGCUGCUCAAAUCUGCGACCUGAUUGGUCAGAAGGGGUUCUUCAGGUCACAUGACAAGCUGCAUUAUUUUUUUUUUUUGGUUUGUUUGUUUUAUUAACUUUAAGAGUGAGGGAACGACUGUUUAUAGCUGCUAUAACAUAAGUGAAAAGACGUUCCACAGCAUUAAACGUAAUCAGAAACGGAUAAAAA